AUGAAACCCUAUACGACAAUAAAGCCAUUUGGCAAUCUUCUUCACUAUCACAUACUCUUCAUAUCUAUCUAUCUAUCUAUCUAUCUAUCUAUCUAUCUAUCUAUCUAUCUAUGUCUCUUAUCUAUCUAUGUCUCUUAUCUAUCUAUCUAUCUAUCUAUCUAUCUAUCUAUCUAUCUAUCUAUCUAUCCUCAGUCUGUCUAUCUAUCUAUCUAUCUAUCCUCAGUCUGUCUAUCUAUCUAUCUAUCUAUCCUCAGUCUGUCUGUCUGUCUAUCUAUCUAUCAACAACUUUUCACAGUUCUUUGCUUCAUUUUUUUACCUACUUUUCUUUUUCUUAUCUUUAUCUACCCUUUCUUUCUACUUUCAUUCUUUUAUCUAACCUUUCUCUUUUUAUUUCUCUCCUUCUUUCUCCCUCCCUUUUUUUCUUUUUCUUCUUUCUUUUACCUGUAUUUCUUUCUUUUUUCUUUUUCUUUUCCUUUUUUCUUUUCCUUUUUCUUUUUCCUCUUUUUCUUUUGCCUCUUCCUUUUUCUUUUUUCUUUUCCUUUUUCUGUUUUCUUUUCCUUUUUCUCCUUUCUUUUUUUUUUCCUUUUUUUUUUCCUCUUCCUUUUCCUUUUCCUUUCCUUUUUUCUUUUUUUUUUCCUUUUUUUUCUUUUCCUUUUUCUUUUCCCCUUUUUCUUUGCCUCUUCCUUUUCUUUUUUCUUUUCCUUUUUCUGUUUUCUUUUCCUUUUUCUCCUUUCUUUUUUCUUUUCCCUUUUUCUUUUUCCUCUUCCUUUUCCUUUUUCCUUUCCUUUUUUUCUUUUUUUUUUCCUUUCCUUUUUUCUUUUCCUUUUUCUUUUUCCCCUUUUUCUUUUGCCUCUUCCUUUUUCUUUUUACUUUUCCUUUUUCUGUUUUCUUUUCCUUUUUCUCCUUUCUUUUUUCUUUUCCCUUUUUCUUUUUCCUCUUCCUUUUCCUUUUUUCUUUCCUUUUUUUCUUUUUCUUUUUCUUUCCCUUUUUCUUUUUCCUCUUGCUUUUUUUUUCUUUUCCAUUUUUCUGUUUCCUUUUUCUGUUUCCUUUUUCUGUUUUCUUUUCCUUUUUCUGUUUUCUUUUCUUUUCUGUUUUCUUUUUCUUUUUCUGUUUUCUUUUCUUUUUUUCUUUUCCCUUUUUCCUAUUUCAUUUUUCUGUUACCUUUUUUCUUUUACUUUUUCUGUUUCAUUUUUUUCCUUUUUUCUUCUUUUUUCUUUUCCUUUUUUUUUUAAUUUUUUCCUUUUCAUUUUCUCUCUCUCUCUCUCUCUCUCUCUCUCUCUUUUUCCAGUUUUUCUAUUUUUCUUAUCUCAUCUUCAUUUUUUCUCUCUAUAUUACUUUCACCUUUCCUUUAUAUUUUAUCUGCUUCUUAUUUAUUCUCAUUUCAUUCCUUACUUUCUUCUCCCACUUCUCUUUAUUUUCUCUUCUCUCUUUUCCAUCACCCCCUCACCCUCUAUCAUAAACUACCUCUUUAUUUCCUCCUCCUUCCUCUUUUUGUCUCUUCCCCACUUUCUUUUUCUUCUUACUUCCUCUCCACCUCUUUCCCUCCUCCUCUUUCUUUGUCUCAUUCCCUCCCUUCUUAAAUCAAAGAACUCCACUCCAACCCAUCCUUUCGACUAA